UGAAAAAAGACUAGAAAGUGGAAGUUGUACAGAAAAAACUUAAUAUCAUGUGCAUGACUCUUUUUUUAGGCUUUCUUUGUCCGGACGUGACACCAUGGCAACCCAGACAAGCUCCAUCCUCAAAAUUAAUUAGGAUUGUUCAAAAAUGGAUGAUAACAAUAACAAAUUCACUAAAAAGCCGGCAAAAACAACAUAAUAUAAAAAAAUUCGGAAACUCUGCACAACCACACUUUAUACCUGGUAUCCAUCUCGGGAGGGUAAACAGUCGACUAUUGUCUGGGGAAAUAAAAAUAGGUUUUUAUAAUAAAAAAAAAAAAGGAAAAAGGAAAACCUUCCGGAAAAGCAAUAAGUGUCAUCAGCAAUUGCAGCGAUCGAUUUUACAAAACACACAUAUACACAGGCCAAUAGAAAGGCAGCUGGGACUCGGUAUAUCUGUGUGUGUAUGUAGAUGGGCAAAGUAUGUAAUUAUAAAAGAGCGUUUUAAAGAAACAGAGGAGAUAUUACAGUCAGUAACGAGAAGAAACUAAAGGUGUCUUCGUGCUAAAUGAAGACAAGUUAGGAACUGAUGAUAAUUAAUGAUGAGCAAUUGUUCACAAAGUAGAACAGUGAAGGGUGAACCAGAAUAAGAGAGAGAAAUAGGUGUUUGUGUCUAUUCGUGUUUUUUACAAUCGCAAUUGUGAAUGUAAAAAAGGAAGAUGGAGUUGAGAGAAUGAAA